AUGCCUAAUCUCUUAGUUCAAUCAGAUGAUAGUUUUCUUGCAGACGCAGAACCUAGCCUACUAGAGGCAAGUGGACCACCCGCCUACAAUGUGAGCUAUUUGUCCACUUCUGCCAAGAGCCUUAGUCAGAAAGCGGACAUUGCAGCGAUUUCAGAAUCCAUGAAAUCUCCCCUUAAACUCAUUGAAGUACUGAACAGCAUUAUAAGCAUUCCUGACGCAGUGCAACAUGUGAUUAAAGGAUUUCGGACAGUCCUAUGCCAGCAACCACAUACGAAACAAGUACAGAUAAUUAAAAUUAUUCACACGCUUUCCGAUGUUUGCGACGAAGUGUCUAAACUAGACGAAGAUUUAUCUAGUAGUUCCAAGAGAAGUAACCGUGAUUAUGCAGAGUAUAUAGGGGGCGUAAGGAAUGAUAGACUGCCGGAAGAGUGUAAAACAUCGGCCAGAUCCCCCCAUAUACUGCACGACCAGCUCUCUGAUUCGGAGAAUCUGGUUGCAAAUCCUAAAGGGCCUGACUCUAUCCCUUAUUCUAAGACUGAAAAGAUAGGUUCAUUGCUUAAUACUGGCACCAAAAGGAAGAAAAGCAUGAGCGAAGAUGUUAUAGUUCUUGGUACUCCUAUUACUAGUUCUGAACUUAGUUCCCCGAGUCGUACUAACACACCUUCUGGAAAUCAUAUGGACGAGACACCGGAGCUAUUAGAUUGCGAACAGACUGUUGACCAACUGCUGUCUCAGACCAUUGAGGAAUUCGCUCAAGAGUCUUGUGAACAAGUCAGGCUCUUUACUUCAGCCGAAGACCCUGUAACUUAUAAAAUAUUUUACGGCUUGCUUAGAGGCAUAGAUGACGAGGAAAAAGCCGAGUGGUCAAGCGGCAUAGAAUGGACUUCUUUAGUGACAAAAGGAUAUGGCACCCGGCAGUAUAGACUCCAGCGCGCUUACUUAUAUGCUCAGCAAGUAUUUCUCGACAUUGCCGUCUAA